AUGGAGGAGGAGUCCCCGGAGUCGGACGUCGAAGAGCUGACGGCGAAUGAAAGGAAGAAGGAGAGCGACGACGGCCUUCUCACGAAACCUAGGGUUCCACCCUUGGCUCGAACACAACAGUGGUCGGGUUCGGUGGGCCGCGCGGGUUCUUGGGCCACCGGGUUGGACGGAUCAAACUUGGGGUCAACUUAUUUAGGUCUUGGCGGGCCGCAGCUGAGGGGAACAGAGGGGCCGAGUGUGGGGAGGAAGCAAGCCGAGAGAAAAUCUGAGGACGGGCCGGAGUUCAGGUUGCAGUGGGUCGAGGAAUAUCUUAGGGUAGAGCCGAGCUGGGCUUCGCACGGGCCAGUCUUGGGACCUCCCAGGUACAACUUCACAAGUGAACUAUUAUAUGGUGUUGGGCCGAGAUAG